GAGAAGGUGGGGAGGGAACGUUUCAUUCGUGGACGCACACAUAAGUAGAAAUCUCUGUGGAGAUCGUCGUAAAUAUGUGGUGUCAAACUAACCAUGCUGAGACGUAUUAGUCGCCGCAAGAAUUAGGUUUGCCGCAGCAAUCAAAAGAUGGUUUCGAUCAUCAAAAAUCAGUUGCUGAAACACUUGUCGAGGUUUACCAAGAAUCUAUCAGCUGACAAAAUAAAUCUGAGCACAUUCAAGGGUGAAGGAGAACUGACAAAUUUAGAACUCGAUGAAAUAGUUCUCACAGAUUUACUAGAGCUGCCAUCAUGGUUAAGACUAACUAAUGCUUGGUGCAAUAAAGUUUCAUUUCGUAUACAAUGGACCAAACUAAAAAGUGUUCCUAUUUUUUUGAGUUUGGAUGAGGUUCAUAUAGAUGUAGAAACAUGUGAAGAUUUAAGAAGCAUGUCUUCCCCGCAGGGUAUAUCAUCAUAUGCAGGUCCUGCAAAAUAUUCUUUUAUACAUAAAGUAAUCGAUGGAAUAACUGUUGCUGUUAAUAUUGUGUUGGUCACAUUUAAAAGUCCUGCAUUCAUUGCCUCAGUUCAGAUGAAUCGGAUCAUGGUGGAAUCCAAGUCAGCAACAUGGCAACGAUGUGAUCUCAGAACCACUAGAGUAAAGGAUCCUGAUCGAGGGCAGUUGCUUAUUUUUAAAGAGUUAGAAUGGCAAACUCUUAGAAUAGAGGCCCAGAGCACUAAGGACAAGAAUCUGACACCACUUCGGUUGCUUACAAACCAAGCUAGGUGUCGAAUUACCAUAAAGAAAAGAAUAUCAGAUUGCUUUGUCAUGGGCUCCAGGCUAGUAAUCAUUUUGGAUGAUCUUUUGUGGGUGUUAACAGACUCGCAGCUAAAAGCUGCGCUCCAUUUCAUCGACUCUUUGGGUGGACUUAUCGAGAAAGCGACUAUUCUCGAACGGAAAACAAAAGCCGCAAGGAAAUUAGAGGUCUUACCAGAAUAUCAAGCCCAGGUAUCUCAGCAAAGUAGAACGAAGAGUCAAUGUAACACAGCGAUAUCGAAGAUAUUUACAAGAUACGAUGUUGUAGAGACGUCAUAUCACUUUCUUUCUCAGCGUAUUGAUCUCCAUUUGUGUGAUGAUGCUGGCGGAGGCAGAUCUCUACAUCCUGAUCUUAUGGAGGGUGGCGCGCUGCAAAUUUCAUUAGUGAAAUUUCAAAUUGAUUAUUAUCCAUAUCAUUUGGCGAUGGCAGAUAGGAAGCAUUGGGCCAAAUACAAAGAAAAUGCCACACCUCACAGUCAGUGGUUGCAGCAAUCGUUGAGUUCGUUUCGAAGUCAGUUUAUGGAUCUCAUUGAUUCCGGUAGAACGCAACACUCCCCAUUGACGAGAAGUCAGGGAAACGUCGCAGGUAGUACGACGAAAGGUUCUGGAGAAAAUCUGGAAAAGAACAGUCAACCGCAGAACACGAACGUAGCUCCGUCCGAGCAGAAGAAGUCGCAACACCCCAGUGGCAAUCCAGUGAAGAAUUAUGUCUUGGAGCAGCUUGCCAAGCUCAUGACGACGUGCAUCAUCAUCAGGAUCGACGACUUUACCUUGUACAAAGUGACAACGACGUCGCGUAAUCCGAUGCCCAAGGAAUUUAUCACAGCUCAAACGAGGAAGAAGCAUACACCAGGUGACCGCGACAGAUUCUGUCUUCCAGAAGAUGUGACGAUACUUCACGCUGAAUUUACUUAUUACUAUUAUCCCGGGGACAUAACUUUCCCAUUGCCACCACCGAAAUUCUACGUACAGCUUAAUCCCAUCCAAGUGAACUUCGACGUCUGCUCGUGUCUUUGGUUUAAUUCUUUCGCAUUGAAUCUUCACCAUUCUCUUAUAGGGAAAAACAAGCAGCUAUCGCACAGUUCUACGCGUUUAAUGUAUUUCGACGUAAAGAUAGAGGCUAUACUACCAAGAAUAGUUUUCGAAAGCCAACAGGAUUAUCCGAACCAAAAGGACAGGCCAAAGUCUCUGCACCUUCAAACCUCCAGAGCGUCUAUAACGAACGUCCGAUCAACAGAAAGAUCUUCCAGGGCGGACUUGGCACAGUGCCUGAAUGCUUUUCAAAUGGGACAAAUGUUCUUUGGGGCUGAGUUUCCCAGUAAAUCGGGGGAUUUUCACGUGGUGACAGAAAAAUUCCUGGCACACUGCGGAGGCGCUGACAAUAUCAGACAGAUACCGCCAAAUUUCAGCAGCAAUUCCGUGAAUGAACUGAUUCGCCAGCUGAACCGAGAACUUUUAUGGACCGAGGCGAAAGAUGUAUGGUGCUGCAACUUAGAGCCUGUGUGGGGUGACUUUUUCGGAGCACGAGCCGUCGGUCAGAAUCGACCUGUGCCGUUUUUGGACGCGUUUCCUCUGACAUUGUGGUGUCACUUCACUACAGAUUCAUCGGUCCCGGAAAAGCCCUCGGCCGCGGAUAUUCACGGACUCGCGUACAUAAGCAAUCUAGUUAGCGUACAGAUAAAUCACUAUCAGUAUUUGUUCCUGCUCAGAUUGUCGGAGAUACUGUCCGAGAUGGCCACGUAUCUGGCUGUGGACUCGAAUAAGAUCUUGAAGAUCGAAAGCGGCGGAUCGUUGGUCAUAGGCGCGUUGAUACCGCAGGUGGAGGUGACGUUCGUGAUGCCGUCGCACACGCCCGGUAAAGAGAACUCCGGCGGCGAUUUGGAAUCCGUCGUUCCCGACUCGUCUAGCAUAGCGGACGAUCUGAUCGGGUCGUCCGUCGCUUGGCACACCAGCCAAGUAAGCGCGCGUGUCGAUUUCAACGCCAAGAGAAUGAACACGAGCAACGACGUGGAGACGCCGCAGAGCGAAGCGUCCUCGAUGCUGUCGAUGGAUUAUUCGCAUUCCGCGCCAGCGACUCAGCCGGUUGUCACUUUCAAGCAAAACGGCACGAAGAAAGGCGAGCACGUCGGCCCGGUGAACGCGAUCUGGUGCAUUCCCGAGUCCUGCGGGCUGCAAUACAUCGGCGGCGAGAAGAGCGACGAGAAGAACGUGCUCCGACAAUCGGCGGAAGCAACUACGGCGCAUAAGCAAAGCAAAUCGGACUCCAACACACCCUUCAUCCCAAAUAAUUUCAAUGUCGGUCUCUCGUCCAUGAAAAAGGGAUUCAGCAAUCUAAUGACGUCGAUCGACUCAGCUCUGAAGGCUUCUCCGGAAGAUGGUAGUAGCGACACGGUAUCGAUGAGAAGCGACGUUAGUUCGGACAGCGAGAAUUAUGUCCUCGUGAACCUCCAGGAUCAAGGCAAGAUAGACGCGGUAUUCGGCAUCGACAACACGAUUAGGAUAACAGCCGUGGAGGAAGCUACCGAAGUGGUAGAAGAGACGCCGGAUACGCAAAGCGAGAAAUCGAUGGACAGCGUGUGCAAGAGGAAAGACUUGGUUUCCAUGGCAACGUUUAAGCUGUCAAAGGUCGAAUUUAUACAACAGUCUUGUGGCUAUUCGUCCGCCAUUAAGGUUCAGGUCUCUAACAUUGAUAAUGAUGAGUGUUCGUCCAUUCCUUGGGACGAAUUUCAGGUCAAGAGAAAGACCAAGUUCAGCUCGCGAUCACGUGGCUGGGUAGAGUUGCCAUCAGAUUCUGACUGCAGAUCGCGCGUUAAACUGCGUUUGGAUCAUGAAUUGAAAAAUAAGGAAGACUCCCGUAGACUUUCGGGCGCUAGCCAAAAUACGAACGACAGUAGUAAGCGAGCACCUCAAGACCGCGCUAGAUUGCCUGAGCAAGACACCUGUACGUCCGUCAUCAAUGUGCAUGAUAAAGAGAGUGUUAUGAAUUUAUUCGAGGACAAGUUAGAGAUGAAAGUCGGUAACGUAGCAAUGGCGCUGUCGAUGAGCUCGGUGACGGGUUUGGCAGAUCUGGUGGAGGACGAGAUCAUACCCAAGCCGAUUCCUAUGCAGAUAUACUUAGAAAAUAUAUCGUUACGUUUAAACGAAGAUCGUCCGCCAAAUAACAUAACUUCCCCAGGCCCGAUCCCAAUAGAUUUGAAUAUUUCCAAGCUUAGGAUAGCGCGGGAUACGAGCGGUGUGUUUCACAUUGAACCCGUCGUAACUAUGGUGAGUGAGAGAGAUUUGAAUGCAGCAUUAUUGGGCGAUGGGAAUCAUGCGCUUAAGAAUACGGGAUGCGAGGUGGAACUGAAUGCACUGAGACAAUCCAGCAAACAACUGAGACUAGAUAACGAAGAGCUGAGGCGUCGUAUGGGAGCUUUGGAAAGAUUAUCGGAAGAGAAUGCGAAAUUAAUGCGCGUGAAAGAGGAGUCAGACGUGAUAAGAUCUCGCUUGAAUGCUGCGGAGAACGAUAUUGCGAGCCUCCUAGAGGAAAAGCGGAUCUUGCAUGAAACCAUAAGCGAGCUGCGAAAUCAAAGGAUGGAAAGCGGUCCUGCAGGUAGUAAUAGAGCUUCGUGGUCUAUUAAGAGAUAGCAUACCAGUUGUUUCGAUUGCUCCAAAUGUUGCAGUUCUAAUAAAUCUUAAUCGGCUGUCUUUUCUAUGUCCGAUAUAAGGAGAGAGAGAAGACGUUUGUUUUGAUAAAUUUAGGAUAAAUUUACGUUUAUAAUACACACGAAAAAUUCAGUCGUUUAUCUGAUUAUAAAAGAGAGGAAGAAUGGGAAAUAUUGAUAUUACGAGGUUUCAACUUUGCAAGGAUUAACGAGGGAUUAGAGACUAUUCGAUUUUAAUUUUCUCCGCAAACAUUGCGCGAGGUGGUCUAUAGUUAUUCUUUCGGGACACAUUACUCUUGUCUGCCGUAAUUACGCUAGUAACUGCCGUUUAGAUCUUUUAUUGCUUAAAACAAAGUGAUAAGAAUCGUGCAUAAUAUGUGCAUAAUAGCUCGCGCAUAAUAUGCGAACUUACGUAUGCAAACUUGAGUGGAGGAUAUAUAUCAACUUUCUUACUGCGAUCGAGUACAAGGCGAUAAUAAACUGCAAUAUAUUAGCGUGCGUUUCCUUUCACUGUUAAAUUGAUAUUGAAUCGGUGGUAUGAAUUCCUAAUGAAUGACAGAGGAUUAUCUGUGUGUGUUUGCCGUUUUACGGAUAGCAAUCGCGUGACUGAAAGUUGCGUACGACUGUAUAUAUUGUGCACGUACACACAUUUUGUUACACAUCUGCAUACAUGACAUCCUUCUGGAAGCGAAGCAAUGGUCUUGAAGCGUUAUGAGACGGAGGUUUUAUUUAUAGAGCUAGACUUCCGAGUGCACGUUUCGAAGAAAAUCUGGAUAUCCUUUUCACGGUUCUCCUGUGUGUGUUUGUUGUACAACAAUCGAAAUAUCUAAUAUAGUCUCGUCAUGCUGGGAUAUCAGAAGGAUACAUAUGUAUGCAUAACUGAUUAAGCAAAGCGCGCUAGUCAGAACAUCGCAAUACAUAUUGAUUGAUUUCACGAUCGACUAUAUUUUGACAUCAUUCUCAUAGGUGUACCGAGAUCCGUAAAGAGUGUAUCGUGAAACACAAUGAAUUAGAGCAUAUAAUUGUAACUUAAUAAUUAAUAGUCGAGCCUACGGAUAGACAUAGACUGUCUGAAAUUGGGAAUUGACCUGGUGUGGUUGCAUGAUAUUGUAUAACAUAAUUUUGUAUGACUGAUUUAAAUGACUUCAUCAAACGAUGAAAAUUAUACAUAAUAAUAAUACGGCAAUGUGAAUGGAACGCGUUCCAAUAAGACUGUAUAAAAUUCGGAGAUGUUGAUCUAUACAGUAGUCGCACUAGUGUCCUNGG